AUGAAAGUUCUACUAGCUUUGUGCACCGUCGGUUACUUGGUCACCGUUUCUGCCAGUAAUUUCUCAUCCGUCGAAAAGCAGAAGAUAGUUCAAGGCUACACCGCGUCCCACGGCCAGUUCCCCUUUCAAGCGCACAUGAAGCGUCGCGGCUGGUCCAAGAGCUGGUUCCCGAGCUUCCUCGUCGGCUGGAUACCCACCUGGUUCGCCUCGGACUUCUUCUGCGGCGCCUCGAUCAUAAACCAGCGCUACCUGCUCACCGCGGCUCACUGCAUCUUCGAGAACGUUAAUUUGAAUGAAUUGCGACAGCGUAUUUUUAUCUGUUUAUUUGUUUUUUCGUACUCUUGUCGGGAGAACAGCGAGCAGUGGCAACAGACCGACGUCGUGGUGGGCACGAACCUCGUCGGCCAGGCCAACGCGACCAUCUACCAAGUGGACAGGUUCAUCAUUCACGGCGAUUUCAUCAGUCUGGAUACCAGCCGAUGGGACCGCGGCAUCAACGAUAUCGCUCUGGUGCGAGUGACGAAGGACAUCGUCUACAACGAGUACGUGCAGCCGAUCAGGCUGGCGGCCAAGGAUCACAAGCUGCACGAGGGCUCGAUCGUCACGAUAACAGGCUGGGGCAAACUGAGCAAUACGUACGAGGGCUCGGCGAAGAGUCUGCAGAUGAUAUCGAGGAAGGUGUCGAAUUUUCGCGAAUGCAAGAAGCAGUGGAUGUACAUGCACGAGAUACCCCUCGACGACGGCAUAUUGUGCACCGUCGACAUACUGCCGACCGACCAAGGUGGCAUAUGCAAGGGCGACUCGGGCAGUCCGCUGGUCGACGAGAACGGCAUACAGGUGGGCAUCGCCACGAUAAGCGACGGCUGCGGCCUGACGCACAUCGUGCCCGAGGGCUACACCAAGGUGUCGCACUACGCCGACUGGAUCGAGGCCUGUCUGAAGCGCGACGAGGGCAGAAACUUGAUACUCGUCGCCAAUUGA